ACGGAGGUAUUCGUAUUCGUUUACUUAAAAAGGAAAACUUACAUUUGUUCGACUAAGUCUCUCUGUAGUUCCUACAAGCACCGACUUAAUCAAUCAUAGGCCAAUUGUUGUGAUUGGACCAGAGGUGUUGAUUGGCAGCUCUUAGGCGUUUCCUUACAGGACAGAGAAGCUGACGUACCCGCCCAUGUUUCCCGGUGACGUCACGAAAGGACAAAUCGGUUUACCGCGAGGUCAUUCUGCCUCUCCUACCAGCCGGUUGCAGCUAAGCGGAGGCGCCAUCUUAAGACACCAAGAUACGUAGCUCCGCAAGCAGGCAGGACACCAACAUGUACCCGACCGCUUUGACGCAGCUGGCCCGGGGCAAUCCGUUCAGCGCUCCCCUGUUCUCCCUCCAGAAAGUGGAAGAACCUCAACAGAGCCUCCAAGGCGGACAGAGGACCCGCAGACUGGCAGCGGCCGCUACCGCAGACGAGGAGAUCAGCUGCGAGUUUGGCUCCUCAAAGUACUAUGCCCUGUGUGGCUUUGGGGGUAUCCUGAGCUGCGGCCUCACACACACAGCAGUGGUGCCCCUCGACCUUGUCAAGUGCCGCCUGCAGGUGGACCCAGAUAAGUACAAGAGCAUCGGCAGAGGCUUUUCGCUGACAGUGAAGGAAGAUGGUGUCAGAGGCCUGGCUAAGGGCUGGGCUCCCACCUUCAUUGGCUACUCCAUGCAGGGACUGUGCAAGUUCGGCUUCUACGAAGUGUUCAAGGUCUUCUACAGUGACUUACUGGGAGAGGAGAACACCUACCUGUGGAGGACAUCGCUGUACCUAGCUGCCUCAGCCAGCGCAGAGUUCUUUGCAGACAUUGCUCUGGCUCCCAUGGAGGCUGUCAAAGUUCGUAUCCAGACCAAGCCGGGCUACGCCAACACCCUCAGACAGUGUGUCCCCAAGAUGUUUGCGGAGGAGGGUAUCUGGGCCUUCUAUAAGGGUGUGGUGCCUCUGUGGAUGAGGCAGAUCCCCUACACCAUGAUGAAGUUUGCCUGCUUUGAGCGCACUGUGGAGCUGCUCUACAAGUAUGCUGUUCCCAAGCCCCGCAGUGAGUGCAGCAAGUCUGAGCAGCUGGUGGUCACCUUCGUGGCCGGUUAUAUCGCUGGUGUGUUCUGUGCCAUCGUGUCCCACCCGGCUGACUCUGUGGUGUCCGUGCUGAACAAGGAGUCGGGCAGCACUGCUGCCCAGGUCCUCAAGAAACUGGGACCAAAAGGUGUGUGGAAGGGUCUGGUGGCCCGUAUCAUCAUGAUCGGUACUCUGACCGCCCUGCAGUGGUUCAUCUACGACUCUGUCAAGGUCUACUUCCGCCUGCCGCCCCCUCCCCCUGAGAUGCCAGAAUCCCUGAAAAAGAAGCUGGGCCUCACAGAGUAAACUCCACAUCUGACCCCCCCAAGACCGCACACAGCAGUUUUCUAUAUUUAUGUCCAGCCAUGAGCUCUGCACAGACCUCAUGGCUGCUACUACUAAUAAUGUAUAUUUCAAAAGAACAAGUGAGGGGAGAAGAUGGAACUGUCGCUCUAGACCUGCCGUGAGUCGGACAGAAAAUAUUCCUCUGUAGAAACACCCGUCUGGUUUUAUCAUUUCCUGUCAUUAGAAACAUGUUGAAAUUCUAAUAAAUAUUGAAUUGAAUUCCCUGGAAAA